AUGAUGUGCUUGGGGAUUCAGCGGUCACGUGGAACAAAGUGAGGUUCACCAGAGUUACCUCACACUCUGCAGUGAUGACAGCGUUUGCCCGUGAGUCAACUGAUCAUGAAGUCUCGCUCUACAAUACAAAAGAUGUCUGGCUUUGAAGCUAUUUCUUCUGACCACAAGUAACAGCUUUCUGAGUCAUUUGUUGCUGCUUGUAUUAUUGGUAGGAAGAGGUCUGUUUGAUCUUCCACUCUGAUAAGUUAACCGAAGCAUGUUCCAAGAAAAAGAGCUGGAUUUCGGCCAUUUUGACGAAAGGGACAAGACGCGUUACUCAAAGGGUUCGAGGAUGAAUGGUUUACCCAGCCCCACGCACAGUGCUCAUUGCAGCUUCUAUCGCACCCGAACCUUGCAAGCCCUUACCACUGAGAAGAAAGCCAAGAAGGUCCGUUUCUACCGUAAUGGGGACCGGUACUUCAAGGGCAUCGUGUACGCAAUAUCUGCUGACCGCUUCCGUACCUUUGAUGCUCUGCUGGCAGACCUGACCCGAACCCUGUCUGAUAAUGUGAACCUGCCUCAGGGAGUUCGCAUUAUCUUCACCAUUGACGGAGCUGGGAAGAUCACCAGCCUUGAUGAACUGGAGGAAGGGGAGAGCUAUGUUUGCUCAUCACAUGACAUCUUUAAAAAAGUGGAUUACACUAAGAAUGUGAAUCCCAAUUGGUCUGUGAAUGUCAAAGCCUGUGGUACCCAGAAGGUGCCUCAGUCUCUGGCCAGUGCCAAGCACAUGACUGAAGUCAAAGAAACCAAGGAUUUUGUCCGCCCUAAGCUGGUGACUGUUAUACGGAGUGGAGUCAAGCCGCGCAAAGCUGUCAGAGUCCUGCUCAACAAGAAAACUGCACACUCCUUUGAGCAAGUCCUUACCGACAUCACUGAGGCCAUUAAGUUGGAGACGGGGGUAGUGAAGAAACUGUACACAUUGGAUGGCAAACAGGUGUCAUGUCUGCAAGACUUUUUUGGAGAUGAUGAUGUGUUCAUAGCUUGCGGUCCAGAAAAGUUUCGAUAUGCCCAGGAUGACUUUUCACUGGAUGAAAAUGAGGUGCACAGAAGUCGGACGAUGGGAGGUUUUGAUGUUGAAUGCCGUGUGGUGAAGACAAAUCCCGGGGGUAAAUCUGUUAAUGCCACACAAAGGUCUACAGGCAAGAGCUCUGGAACUUCACGUCGUAGUAAGUCUCCUGCUGAUUCUGCCAAUGGGACCUCGAGCAGCCAGCUCUCCACCCCAAGGUCGAACAAGUCUCCAGUCUCGACACCCAUUUCUACACCAACCAGCCCAGGAUGCCUUCGCAAGCACAAGGACCUGUACCUGCCACUUUCCCUGGAUGAUUCGGACUCACUGGGUGACUCGAUGUAAGCCACCGGUGUGAGCGGAACAGCAAGCAAAGUCUGGAAUUAGCCACCUGAAAUAGUGAGACUUGGAAAAGGAAAUCUGCCCAGUGCAGAGGUAUUGCUGUUGGUGCUCACAAAUUGCCAAGUGACACCAAUGGAAAAAAAAACUAAAAAAAAAGCCAAAAAGUUGCCCUUUUUUUUUAAACAGUUUGUCCAUCACAUGAGAAACCUAUUAUCUUGGAAUAUCACUGCCUUUUUCUAAACAUCUGAUAUAAAGCACUGUGAGAAUAUUUCGUAAAACAAGCAGGUCUCUUGUACAUCAUGUGUUCUGUGAAAAUUGUGGUCCCUGAUUUUUAAUUUCAUUGUGCAGUGUGAUUUUCCAUUCCUCUUUGAUAUUAAUGCGCUGUUGUUAUAUGCUUCGUUUAAAGAUCUGUUUUAAUUAUUGAGAACCUCUGCCAGUUUUUUCUUUGUACAAGAAAAUACUCUGCUGAGCAGAAAUGUUUUAACAUCCAAUUUGUUUAAAAAAGGAAAGAGGAAAAAAAAACCAAAAAAAUCACUAAGACUCAUUAGUUAAACAUAAUGCAUUGAUCUGAAAAUGGGAAUGAAUUUGAGAAUGAUGAACAACUUAAUAAGACUAAGCAUAAUGAUUUUCUAAAGUUAAAUUUGAUCAUGUUUGUUUAAUACAUUUUUUAGCAACAAAAUGAUUCUGAUUCUUGCUUUUUAUGACAUUUUGAAUGGUAGAACUAUUUAGGAUUAGAUUAACACAGCAAAUCUACAAUUUACUAAUAAGAACACAGUGUUCUUAAGCUUUUUUUAAUUUGUGAAUGUGUUCACUGUGCAAUUAUUAAAACCAGUUUGUAACUAAACUUACUGAAUAGCAUUAAUAGAAUACUUGUAAGAUCUGGUGGUGAAGAUUUUUCUUUGAAGACAGAUUUGAAAGUGAAAAGGAAUGUUGACUUGUUACUGGACUAGGAUUAGCAUGAAAUAAAUUUCCCAUGUAUAGGACUGAUCUUCUUUCUUGAUUUAGAGGAGAUAUUUACUGCUUUGCUUGACUUGACAUUUAGCUUGCAGGCUGAUGUUGCUUGAUGUGGAAUUCAAAAUGUCAGGGCACAGUGAGGCCUCUUACAUUCCACAAGCAAUCUUUGAAGAUUCAUGGUCAGAUUUUCUCUGUUACAUUCUAUACUUGCAGAAUUUCUUAAGAUGGCCAUGUUUGGGAAAGAAAUAACCCUGUAAUACCCUGGUGCUCACAGUGCCAUGAAUUCCGUCCCUUUUCAACAGUACAAGUUGGAUCCUGUAGAAGUAGCUAAGUAGCCCUUUUAUUGAAUAUUGUAGCUAACAACUUUAUUUUUAGGCCAUAAGCUCCCGUCAACCUUUAGCCAAGAAAAGUAUAUCUUGGAAGGGAUUGGUUGAAAGAAGCCUUCAGGGUGGAAAUUUAUCUUGUAGUAGAUUGUGUGCAAUUGAUUGUGUUUCUGAAAUUCAGUUCCAGACAUAAAUCUGAGGAGUGGUGGUCAGUGCACGCAUGCGCAUUCAGCAUGUACAACACUGGACGAAUUUCAACACUUUGAUGUAUUGCGAUGAGUACAUUGCCAAUUAAUUACUAUGAUUGAUACCCAUGGUUCAAAUAUCCAGUGAUGCCAUAGUGCAAAAAUUUAUUGCUCGCUUAUAUUUAAAAGCAUCCAUUGCUUAAUAGCCAUAAAAUGAGGGAGGUAGAGAGAAUUAUUAAGGAAGGCAUUUGUCUAUAGGAACAAUCAUAGAACAUAAUGGUAAUCUCUGCCUUCCAAAAUACUUUAGUUACUUGGAUUCUUUUUUAAUCUUGUCGCCAUUUUCUAAUGCCAGCUAUUUUUGAUACAGUUUUAAUUCACUUAAUACCAGUUCAAUACAGUUCAAACCGUGCCCAGGAAUUAAACACAUUUCCAUUAAAAUGAUAAGGGAUUUUGAGAAGAAAAGGAAGACACUCAACACAAUUUCUGUACCAGGAUGUCCAUGGUUUUGGCCUUGGAGAAUUAUUUUCAAAGGUGUUGUGAGACUUCCAAAUGGGAAAUAGGCUAACCUGUAGAUCAUGAAGGGCAUGCACAGUAAUGCCAAGUUUGGGUACACUACUUGUUGAUGUUUCUUGCACAAAAUUUUAUUGUAUAUUUGAGGCCCUUGACAACACUGAAGCAACUGGAGGCUUGAAGGCUGCUCAACCCAGUUUGGCUGAGCAUCAAAAUCUGAGGUAGUGAUUUUCCCACCAAUAAUUGCCCAAACCCCUCUCCUCAACCGCUACUUGUUGCCAAAUACCUCAGAAAUCCCAUCAUGCCCCCUUCCAAAAUCAUCUGUCCAAUUAUCUUCUCAUUUUCCUGAACCACCUUGGUUAUCCACCACAUCUCACACGUCCAAGGUUUUUAGAGAGAGCUGAUGAGGAGGAAGUGUUGAGAGCCUAUACUUCUCCUCUGCCCCUCACCACCCCAUCCUCAGCUCACCUCCCAUACCCUGAGGUGGCUUGAUAAUAGGAAGCAGAGGCUGAUGGUGGAAAGUCAAUUCUCUGACUGGAAGCCUGUGACCUGUUGAGUGCCCCAGGAGUGUGUGCUGUGACCUCUGUUAUUCAUUAUGUAUAUAAAUAAUUUGAAUGUGAAUAUACAUGGUACGAUUUCCAAACUAGAGGGUCUUGUUGCUAGAGAAGCAGGUUACAAUGAAUUACGCAGGGAAUUUGAUCAAUCACGAAAUGGACUAAGGAACAGCAGAAGGGUUUGAAGCUGGAUAAGUGUGAGGUGAUGCAUUUUGGACAUCUAAACCAGGGUAGGAGCUACACAGCAAAUGGCAGGGCACUGACAUGUUUUGUGGAAUAGGGAGACCAAGGAGUAUAAGUACACGGUUCACAGAAAGUGGCCCCUGCAAUAUACAGGAUGGUAAAAUGGCAUUUAUCAUGCUGGCCUUCAUUAGUCAAGACAUCGAGCUGAGUGGCAAUAUGCUGCAGUUAUAUAGGUUGUUGGUGAGGCUGCACUUGGAGUAUCAUGUACAGUUUUGGUCACCCUGUUACGGAGAAGAUAUUGUCAAGCUGGAGAGGGCGAAGGAGAGGUUUACUAGGAUGCAGCAUAGAUUAAAGGGCCUGAGUUACAGGAAGAGGUUGACCACACUGGAUCUUGGAGUGUAGGAGAAUGAGGGGUGACCUCUUAGAAGUUUAUAAAAUCACACAUGGUAUGAAUAAUGUGGACAGUCACAGUCUUUUCCACAGGGUGGGGAAUCCAGACCUACAGGGCAUAGAUAAGAGGGAGAGAUUCAAAAGAGACCUGACCGGUAACGUAGAGGAUGGUGAAUACCUGGAAUGAACUGCCGAGGGAAAUGGUUGAGUUAGGUGUAACUGCAACACUGACGGGGCAUUUACUGCAGAUAGAUACAUGGAGGGGAAAGGCUUGAAGAGUUAUGGGCCAAGCGAGGGCAGCUGAGACAAGCAGGCAGGAUGCUGUGGAAAGCACAGGCCAUUUGUACUGGUGACCCUGUUUCCAUGCUGUAUUGCCCUGUGACUGGGGAUUCUUAUCUUUAUAAUCCCAAUUAUCUGCCCGAUCCCUAAUCCCGAGUUGCCCCCCCCCCCACUAUCCUCUAUGACACUCCCUCUCAUCAUGUUGAUCUUCCAGUUCUGGGUCCGUAACCAUCUCCCCAGUUUUCUACCCAACCCACACAAUCUUCUCUCUAGCUUCCGAUGCAAUCCCCAUUCUCUACACAGGUUGGAGAUCUCAGUAGAAAGUGCUGCUUUAUCACCGCUACACCCCCCCCCACACACACCUCAUUAUACCCAGGACAAUGACUUAUCUGCAGUCCUCAAAGGGUUAACUCAAUAAAGAUUAACAAGUGCGGAGUCACAGUAUUUUGUUGGAUGUUACACCUGAUUCUGAAUGUUUCUAGCUGAGUAGCUUCCAUGGAGCCAUAGAGUAAUAAUACAAAAUGGCAACAGGCGCUUCGGCCCAACUGAUCCAUGCUGUUCACCUUGCUAAUCAUAGUUUCCUGCAUUCAGCCCUUAGCCCUCUUAACAGCUUCGGUCCAUGUACCUAUCUAAAUGCCUCUUCAAUGUUCCAAUUGUACACUCCUUGACCACUUUCUCUGGCAACUUAUUUCAGAUGUUCAGUACUCUCCCAUUUAAUUUCCAUGAUCCUGAUCUCAACCUUUGGAGUUAAUACAAAGUUUAAGAUGAAAUAUGACAGUGUAUCCUCAUCAAGAUGAGGAGGAAUAGUCAACAAAGAAACUGUUUCCAGCCUGCUUUCUCCUGUGCUCCACCCAGCAGAAUCGCAUCAGUCAUGAAGAGAGCAGGAUAGACAUAAUUCCACUCUUCCAGCAGGAAGAAGACAUACUGACAGGGAAUGGCUGGAGAUAAGAUCUGGAGCAGGGAAUGCAGGACAUGAUUAUAACUGUGUCAGUUCAUCGACAUGAACUGAAUCCACGUCACAUCAUUUGAAGUUCAGACGAGCUAAGUGUCACUCCUUUAAUAGCAAGUACAGUGCAGGAUUACAGUUAAAACAGGAGUUCGCAUUGUGUCUCUUACAGGCAACUGGAAUGUGUAGCAAUGGAGCAGUUCACCUCUGAGUGGUUGAAUUAGUGUCAGUGCACAAGGUUCACAACAAUUGGAGAAAGUGGCUUGGGCCUUUUCAUAAGCAAGAUCUACUUAAGUGCUUCCUUUAAACUGCACAUCAUUAGAUUUCAUGUUGUGGCAAUCUCUGGCUGUUCAGGAUUUGCCCUGCGUACAUUGUAGGGCAGAUUAAAAGUGUGCUGAGAUAACUGAGCAUAUUAAAGCCCGUGCACAAGGUGUGAUUCAAUAUUCUCCAUUCGUGGGUCUUUGCAGUUACUGGCCUGGACAGCUGAUUAAGCUCCUGCCACAAGAAGGUAGCUUUUAAUAGAUAUGAUUAGCUGCUCUGGUGGGCUCCUGGCCUUUCCAGGCAGAUAGACCUUGCUGUGAGGUUAUGCUCUGUGCUUCCAGGAGAAGGGAGUGAGACCACUUUAUGAGGCGAAGCCGUAGGCUGCAGCAAAUGAAAUGACCUCAUGAGGCAAAUUCCCCUCAAAUGCCCUGAGAGGCAAAUUCACUGGUUAGUUUAUGUUGCAGCAUGCCCCUGUGAAUAGAGCGUAGGUGAACUGCUGGUAAUUGAAAAGAAUGCAGUUUGAUAGUAAUGCUAACAAGCAGUAUUUAUUCAACAAAGUAUCAUUACCUAUGGCUAUGAGUGUAUUACAGUGGUAUCUUUUAUUUUUCAUUGAAUAUUUUAACCAAAGUGGCAGUUGAUUUGUAUGUAUUCUUCUAAGCUAGACAAAGGCUCACAGAGACUAAAGCCAGUCUCUGAUUAGCAUAUCUGGCCAGCCUAAAAUGAAAGCUGGUGUUAAUGGUCCAAAUGUUACAAAUAGAGAUCAAAUUACAAAAGAUAAAAAGAAACCUUUAUAAUAGACUGAAGCGUUGCCUGCUAUGUUCUGCAUUCAUUCUUCUUUUCGCCAUGCACAUCAUGGGCAGUGCAACCUGGGACUGCCAGCAUUCCCAUGGAAACAGAUGGGCUGUUUUCGUCGCCACGCAACGAGACGUGCGGGAAUAAGUGGCACUGUUCCCAUAAUUGGCUGUUGCCAUGUGAGGCAGCGACAUGAAUGUGAAAAAGCAGGAAGGUGAAGUAAAGUUAGUUCAGGAUACAAGUCAUCAGCAGAGGCUGGGCACAAUGUGAAAUAAAUUGGCACGAUGGAGAUUGGUUAGAAUGCUGACAUAGAACAUGCAGUGGAUCAGCACUGAACCUGGUUAAUACUGAUUACGGGAUUACAUUUAUAGUGUUUUAUAUCCAGAGAAAUGUAUUGCUGAACAGCUCCACUGUCCUCUCUAAUUACUUUAUCAGACUAGAGGAUAAAUGAUGAUUUCUGGCAUUUCUUGUCAUAGUGUCUUCACAACCUCUCCAUAUAAUUUAAAAUGUAAUACUCUGGUGCAUACAAUAACAGUGCUCUUCAAACGUAGAAGCUGGACUUAAAUACAGCUAGGCCAAUGUGAUGCAAAUUUUAUCUCUGCACUUUGAUUUUAAAUGUCCUCUCUGUGGUGUUUUUAAUCCAUUCUGAGUUACAAACGUGUAGCCCCACUUGCUGGAAAUUGAUCUAAAAUUCUCAAUGUAAUCAGAGGAGUGAAAGGUUGAGCCAUAUUCACAUUAGUCUGGUUUUGAACUUGCCUCUGCAAUUUAUAGCAAUGAAGCUUUUUAGGGCAAAGGAAUUGAGAUUCUUUGCCUCUGACUGUGUUGGACCUUGUCUAACACCCCGUGCUGGUGGUGAAGACUAGAGGUGAAAGUGUUUCCCAGCAUCACAAUCUCAACCAGCAUAGUCUUCACAAUAUAUAAAAUUUAUACUCUUUUAGUUCAACUGUUGUGUUCUUCAUCUCAUGGUUGCUGAAUGUGCAUUUUUUUCUCUACUGUCUUUAUUCACCUUACUGUAUUUACGGUUCUCCAGAUGGAUCUGCUAUGUUUAAGUUGCGUUCAUUUCUCGGACAGCACCAAAAGGCGCGUGUUGCCCAGACAACCUUAGCAUCCAAUCUAUCACAGACACUAACCUCUUCACCACAGCCCUUCUCCGCGUCUAAAAGCUUGGCUGUUUCCUCAUUCAUGCAGUUCCGAUCAAGAUCUUAGAUCUAAACAUAAGUACAUUUUAUUUUCUGCAGAUGCUGCCUGACAUGCUAACUAAUCUCAGCAUUUUCCGUUUUAUUUGUGAAAUGUAUCACAUUUGUGAUAUGUUGUGUAUAAAAUAGCUCCAUCCUGUAAUGUUCCAGACCUUUGUUUAAAGUGCAUCUUAUGAACAGGGCUAGAUGAUAUUCUCAUACACGAUUAGAUUCAAUAGGCCAAGUGACUUCCUUGGAAAUUUCUAAAUUCACUUUUAAUAAUAGUGAAAACCUAAUGAGUUUGUCUCUUUGCAUGUCACAGAAUGUUAGAACUGUGACAGAUAUGAAAAUCUACUGAUAAAGAAUUUAUUAAUGAGCCUUGGAUAUUGUUGAGAUUGUAAAGGAGUAUGUGCUGUAUUCCUGAUCUUAAUGUUGACUUCAGGUGAAAUUAGCAAAGCAAAUCCAGACCAAAAUUAAAGAGGUCAUUUGAUGCCGUCACAGACGGUGCCUUCCAGAGCUGAAGGCAAGGAUCAGAUUUCCUCCCUGUACACCAUUAACUGGAUAUCUCACUGAUCCUUACUCCAAUACCACUCUGAUUUCCCCCAUGAAUGGGAAAUGGAAACACAUGUUUAAAAGCUUCAUGCUUUAAACAGGAAUCUUCUAACACUCAACAAGUAUCCUGUGGUGUUGAAAGUGGUUAAUCCUUUAAAAUUAGUCAGAAAUAAAUGGUUGACUUGAUGCCAUAAAAACGAUGCGAAACAUUUUAAAACCUGCAACUUCAUAUUGAAACGCUAAUAUUUUCUAUAUCCUUUGCAUAAUAGGUCUCAAAGAACAUCCUGCUUUCCAUGUCAUUACUCCCAGUGACUGUCAUUCUCUGCAGUCACUCUCUAACGCAAACAAUUCUCUGGGACCGCUCCCAAGUACUUGGCUUUCUCUGUAUAAUCAUUCCCAGGUGUCACCUACUUUCAACAUAAUUCCCUUAUUGCUUGUUUCUGACUAGAUCAUCUUGGGGGAUCCAGUUAGUUCUUGGUGAGCAGUGGUUGUAGUACAGCAAUACACCUCUCUGUAAAUCCAUUAUCAGAAAAUUAACCAGAAUAGCAAUGAAAUAAUAUUAAAGCUCAAAUGCAACAAAAUUUGGUUUUGAAAGCAAAAAGCCUGCCAUCAAGUUAAAUAUGUAAUGGAACUAAGGGAAGGAUGUUCCUUUAUAAAGCAUUAAUUUCUGAAUAGUUUGCUUGCUUGUUUUUUUCUAUAAAAUCAGUGCUAUCAUGCUUGAAACUUGCAUGUUUUCUGCUUUCUGUGGUGAAAAGUCAGUUUGCUCCUUUUUGCUGCCUUUUUUGUGAAAUUCUAAAUGUACAUAAAAUGUUUAUUAUUAUUGACUUUUUAAACUAAUAGUGAAUAGAUGUAGUUGGAACUCUGUAACGUAGUUUUACUAAAGUGCACACUAGUAGAGAUUAAAUGAUAGAAGUGUUUGCUUGUUAGGUGAGGUGUAGAGGAUUAAUUUCCAUUCAGCUUUGAGGUUCCUACGCAGUAAUUUCAGUUUCUCUUUCGUGGCAAGUUUGACAUAAUUGACCUCUGCAUUUGACUCUACCUAUUCUUCAAAGGUAGAACUAAAAACGUUGAUAGUAUUCGCAACCGCAUGAGAUUUGCCUUCACUUUAGGCUUUGCUUCAUAUAUUCCGAUAUAGCCCUGGAAAUUCUCACAGGGCUGUUUUAAAAGAAAGCAGUUCAUUCUUUUAUAGCCUUCAGGAUGGGUUUAUACUGUUUUUAAAAAGACGAGGUCAAAUCAUUCCAUUUUUUUAGACUGCUAUCAAAGAGAAACUCAAGUUUGUUUUGUGACUUCUUUUCUAACACUUGUAGUUUGGAGUUGUAUUCAUUUAAAUGUACAUUUGCAAGAUGUGUGUAAUUUAAAAAAAUACAUUUGAUGGAAAUCUUA